GCCUCCUGCUCGGGCCAAGAUUUUUUUGGGUGCUCGGUUCGUCGGUGUGCGUCAUCGAGCAACUUCGGCGGCGUCCCGUUGGCUCUCUUCCUGGUGUCCCACCGCGGCGUGACCGUUGAGGCCGCGUUCCGUACGUCCGUCCUGCCUGGCCGUCCGUCCGUUCGUUCGUGCCAGCGGAGCGAGCUGUUUGUUCUUGACCGGCGCGCGCGGCGCCGUCGGCCCCAGCGGGACAUCGUGUCGCUUGUCUUGUCGUCAACUCGUCGCCCCUCGGCCGGAAGAAGAAGGACUGCCCUCGUUCGAUCCUGAUUGGGACGAGGCGGAAAAGCUAGACGGAGAUAUAUUGAGCGGCCGUGUUGUCGGUGCUGUCUUCGAGUCUUGCGGUGACCUCCGUUGAUAAGGCUCGGCCGUAUCGUGUCUGCGUCGGCCUGGAAUGAGCCGAAGGUGAUAAGGGGAAGAAGACAGUGAUUAAGGAAGAAGACGGACGGGUUUCCUUUUAUCUCUCUGGAAGACCUCUUCGUCUCUUUUGAGUGCCGGUGUACGAGGAAGCCGGCAGUUUCUGCAACAAGAAGCAAGGCCAACGCGCUGCAGUUUUGCUUCUCGCCCGAAAAUGUGUGCCACCAGUGCAAAGUUCGCAGGAGAGGACGCGGCCGCCCGGUUACGGCUGUUCGGCGUCGGACUCGUCGCAAUCGCCUUUCUUUUCUGCUCUGCGGUGGCUGCGCCCGAUCACGAAACGUCGGGCGGCGGUUGCCCCAACGGCCGACUGACGUUCGAGCUUGUCACGGGCUACGUCUACAGCGCGCCGUCGGACACGAUCGAGCUGAAGCCCGGCACGCUGCAGCUGACCGACUGCCUGGAGCACUGUCGCCGCAACGCGUCGUGCCAGUCGGUGAACUUCGAGACCGGCCUGUGCGUACUCUUCACCUCGAGCGCCACCGAGCGGCCGGCGUCUUUGGCGGUCUCGCAGUUUCCCGUGUUCACACUCUACGCGCAGAAGAUAUGCCUCUUCGGGAAACGUCGCUGCAGUCGCGACUGGGCCUUCGAGCGCGUCACGGGUUACACCCUGCGAGAUUUGGCGAGAAAGCGCCUGCACGCCGUGGCUCGCGAGGAGUGCAUGGACCUGUGCCUGGACGAGACCGAGUUCCAGUGCCGCUCGGCCAACUUCGACCCGUCGACGGGCGAGUGCGCGAUCAGCGACAUGGACCGGCAUUCGGUGGUCGGGGACCGGUACUUUGUGCCCUCGGGAGAGACCAACGAGUACCUUGGAGAGCAACUGCGUCGACGAGUCCGUGCGAUUGUGCGAGUUCCGGACGGUGAGCGGCAAGAUCCUGAAGACGGUGGACGCCGUGUUCCAGAACGUGACCACCCUGGAGGACUGCCGGCGGCUCUGCCUCAGCGUGCCCUACCGGUGCCACUCGUUUGACCUGGGUGACCCCGACAACAGCGUGUGCCGCAUCAGCCACCACGCGAGGGCGUCGCUUUCACACAUCGAGAACCCCUACCUCGAGAUACCCGGCGCCGCCACCAACGAGCUCGCCGCCUGCU